AUGCCAAUCACAGAGGAAAAAAACCCGGGAUUGACUUAUCCGAUUGUCUCAUCAAGUAUCAAGUAUCUUCCCAUUUUUUUUCUUCCAGCCGUCCCCAGAAAUCCCCAAAGGAUCGUGGGAGGUGAAGCAACCACCGUAGACCAGUACCCCACCAUCGCCGCAUUGCUUUACUCUUACUUCGGGAUCAGCUUCAGCCAGUCCUGUGGGGGCACCAUCAUCACUAGAAGGGCUAUCCUCACCGCUGCUCACUGUCCUUCUGGUGACACGAUCAAUAGAUGGCGCAUCCGCGUUGGCUCCAGCUUCGCCAACAGUGGCGGUCUCGUCCACACAGUUAUAGCCAUCAUUGUCCAUCCCAAAUACAACUCUCGCACCAUUGACAAUGACGUCGCCAUCUUGCGGACAACUGGCAGCAUUAUAUUCGGCCCUGUUGUCAAACCUGCUUCCAUUUCUGGUAACGGGUACAUCCUUGACGAUAAUGAAGAAGUUUGGGCUGCAGGAUGGGGUACUACCUCCGCCGGUGGUUUAUUAUCAGAGCAACUCCGCCACGUACAGCUAUGGACUGUCAACCAGGUGAUCUGUAGAUCCCGAUACGCAACUCGGGCAGCCAACAUCACUGACAACAUGUUGUGUUCCGGUGUCCUCGACGUCGGUGGUCGUGACCAGUGCCAGGGCGACUCCGGCGGCCCCCUCUACCAUAACAACGUGGUCGUUGGAAUCUGUUCCUGGGGGAUCAGCUGUGCCACUCCUCAGUACCCAGGAGUGAACACUCGAGUGUCACGCUUUGCUGAUUGGAUUAUAGCUAAUGCUAACACAAUUUUGGGAUAGGCAUCAUUUGAA